AUGGGGCGCCGGCGCCGCGCUCACGACACACGACACCACACGACCAUGCUCUGUGACACGCUAGCUGCUGCGGCUGGCACGGCGGCGGCGGCGGCACCUCGCCGGCGGCGGCCGGCUGCGGCUGCGGCUGCUUUCGCUGCUGCUUUCGGGACGCCGCCGCGGACACAGACGACGGCGGGGGCUGCGCGGAGCGUCGGCGUCGGCGUCGCGGCCUCGGUACUCGGUAGUCAUGGGCGGCCCGGCGAGUGCUGGCGGCGCGGUGCUGCGCUGCGGGCCGCGGUUGCCGGGGCCGCGCCGGAGCGGAGCGGAGCGGGCGCGUCGCGGAAGCGCCGGCCGGCCCGCGGCCCGCGGGUGGGCGUGGCGGGGCGCGGCGGGGGGUUGGGAGGGGGCGGGGCGGGGCGGGGAGGGGAAGGCGCGCCGGGCGGACCAGGGGUGGGGGGAGCCGGCCGCGCUGGCGCCCGGCCCGGCAGCGCGCACUGCGGCCGGCGGCUGCGAGGCAGGUGGCCGGCGUCUGAUGGCGCCAGGGGCGGCGUGUGA